AUUCUAGCAAACAACAUGGCGGGUAUCUCGGGAGAUGGACUCGUUUUCAAGCGAAGACGCGUGGCACAGGCUUGCCAAACGUGCCGGGCGAUGAAAUCCAAGUGCGACGGAAAGCGACCCGAAUGUGGCCGGUGUCUGGGCUAUGGAUUCACAUGUUCCUAUGCCAAGGGCAGGUCCUGGAACCCAAGUCCCGGUACAGAAAAACGCGACGCUCUGAACCUCGACGUUGAAGAGCUUCGAGAUACUAUCGAUCACUACGAGGAACUUGUUGGCAGGCUUCUCUCUGAUUCUCCUCAGAAAGAAUGCCAUCUCAAAGAGUUCCACGAGGUAAAAGAACGAGCAAGACGAGCUCUAGAUGGAUUCACGCAAGACACCGAUGCCGGCCCCUCCACCCAACUCUCGGAUCCCAACCAGCAUCGGUAUCUUGGAGAAGUGAGCGAUGUUCAUUUCUUUAACUUGGUCAAGCGUUUCUUGCAGACAAGUCCAGGCGUCGAGCAAGACUUUGACAGUUACGAGCAGGAGGGUGAAGUAUCGGUUGGUAAGAGUAGACCGACUGCUCUGCCAGAACCAGAUGAGGCGAGAAGACUAUGUGAGGUUUACUUUGAGACGAUUCAUCUGGCGUACCCUUUUAUUCCCAAGUCUUUGUUUAUGGAGACAUGGGGUGGGUUCCAGGGGCCCCUGAGUGAGACGCAUCACAAUUCCACAGACCUAGCCAUUCUAUACGUCAUUUGUGCCAUUGGGUCAUAUUACAACUCGUUCCCCGGCCGAGACUCAAGCACAAACCACGAACAUUACUUUCGAUGCGCCGUCAUUCACUCAGGGAAGCAUCAUUCGAUCAACCAAGUCACAUUGCUUCUUGUGCAGUGCUUCUAUUUCCUCGCGAUUUGCAAGACAGACAGUUGCUGGAUUGCAUUGGGUCAAGCAGUCCGCAUAGCUCAGAGUAUUGGGCUGCAUGUUGAGUCCAAGACUUCAAAACCUCGUGGACCUGUCGAGCUUGAGAGACGACGAAGAAUAUGGUACUCCAUCUAUGUUCUUGAUCGUCUGCUGUCUCUCCAACUUGGACGUCCACCGGCUAUACACGAUGAGGAUUGCAGCGUGCCCAUGCCGUCCCGACGAGGGGACAAUGACAUUGAUUGGACAUCAAGCAUCAUUGAGCCUGUUGAAGGGCCAUCUACGGGUGACUACUUUGUUGCAGUCAUCGAGUUCUCUCGUAUUGUUGGCCGUGUACUGAGCGACAUCUACGGACCGGCACAGGAAAGACCAACGGCUGAGAUGAUGAUAUGUACACAGGUUCUAGACCGACAGCUCGUUGAGUGGAAGAUGAAUCUUCCUCGAAAGCUUCGAUUCGAUCUUGGACAUGCAUUCGAUCCUAGUGUUGCUUUCAGGAGACAGCGAAACAUGCUCGCCAUCAAAUAUCACCAUCUUCGCGCACUCAUCCACCGACCAUACCUCUGCUACCCUCUUCUCCGGCAACUUGACGACUCAUCUGUGGCAUUGGACUGGCCGUUAUUGACUCUUUUCGAAAAGACAUGCGCCAGUGAAGCACGAGAAACCGCCCGUCUUUUGCAUCACGUAUCUGACGAAAAGGACUUGGUCCACGAGUUUCCCUGGUGGCAGAUGAUUUCAUGUCUGAUAUGCGCUGGCUCCAUCCUGCUUGUUUCGAGCAUCUUUGUUCAGCCCCCUAUUGACGACCACAGCGUUUUUGACAGCGAAGGUCUUCGAGACGAUGCUGAAACGUGCCUCAAGAUGUUUGAAGCACUCAGCGUCAACUCCAAGAGUGCGAGAGUAGCAAGGGACAUGAUCAAAGGGUUGAAGCAAUGUGGCUUCGAAUGGAAGAAACACAGCAAGCAACUCCAACCAGAGAUCACACAGGCACUGCAGUCUAGUGCGAUCCAAUUGCCCACGCAGAUGCCAGCCCUAGAAUACGUUGGGUUAGAGGGAGAUUUGGCACUGGAGCAAACACCAACGCCACAAAACUGGCCAGCUGAGAUUAUUGAUUCCAUGGCUUGGUCGUCGCAGUUCUUUGGAGCAACACAGGGAGAGGGAGCCUGA